AUGAGAUCGUUGCGAUUUGCUGCGGUUGUAGUUUUCGUUUUCAUCACCGCCUUCCAAUUCGUCAACAUACGUUAUUUCGGCGGUGCUAUCUUCUCUUUACCUUCUCAAGACAAGUUUCCGGUAUCAGUAGACGGAAACACAGAACCGGUGAGGCCAUUUCCGGAUAGCUCGAGAUCCGCUGAAAGGGAAGUAACCACCGGUUUAGAAGAAGUAGACCAUGUACUUGGCUCUGGCAACAAUGUCACAAUUCAAUCCAAUGAUAGUUUGAUUGAUGAUGAUGCAAAAGAUAAGAAAACUCUUGAUUCGCUGCAAGGAACAGGGAACAGCUCAAUAGUGGAAGAUGCUGACAUGGUUAAUGAAAACAGCAGGGAUGUGGAGAUUCUUGAGAGUAAAUCUGAUACUUCUGCUGAUAAUCUCUCCCCAGAUGUGAAAAGACUAAUGAACGUUUCGAAUUCUGAGGUGGUUUCUAUCACUGAGAUGAUGAGUUUACUGCGUCAAAGCCGCACUUCUCGUUCCUCACUUAAAUUGAAACGGUCUUCCGCAGUUGAUCAAGAGCUGUUAUAUGCAAGAAGUCAAAUUGAAAACCCACAGAUGAUAAAGAACGACCCUUUACUUCAUGCUCCUCUCUAUUGGAAUCUCUCCAUGUUCAAAACGAGUUAUGAGUUGAUGGAGAAGAAGCUUAAGGUUUAUAUUUACAGAGAAGGCAAGAGACCUGUAUUGCAUAAGCCAGUGCUGAAAGGAAUAUAUGCAUCUGAAGGAUGGUUUAUGAAACAGCUCAAGUCCAGCAAAACGUUUGUCACCAAAAACCCUCGUAAAGCUCACCUCUUCUAUCUCCCUUUCAGCUCCAAAAUGUUGGAGGAGACUCUGUACGUCCCGGGCUCUCACAGCGACAAGAAUCUCAUUGAGUUUCUGAAGAGCUACUUGGACAUGAUCUCCUCCAAAUACAGUUUCUGGAACAAAACUGGAGGAUCAGAUCAUUUCCUGGUCGCUUGUCAUGAUUGGGCUCCUUCCGAGACAAGGCAGUACAUGAGUAACUGUAUCAGAGCAUUGUGCAACUCCGAUGUUUCAGAAGGUUUUGUGUUUGGUAAAGAUGUGGCUCUUCCUGAGACAACUAUUCUUGUUCCCAGGAGACCGCUUAGGGCGCUCGGAGGCAAACCCUAUUCACAGAGGCAGAUACUUGCCUUCUUUGCUGGCGGGAUGCACGGUUACCUAAGACCUCUCUUAUUGCAGAAUUGGGGAGGUAACAGAGAUCCAGACAUGAAGAUAUUCAGCGAGAUACCCAAAUCUAGAGGGAAAAAGAGUUACAUGGAAUACAUGAAGAGUAGCAAGUAUUGCAUUUGCCCUAAAGGGCAUGAAGUCAAUAGCCCUAGGGUCGUGGAGGCGCUGUUCUUUGAGUGUGUCCCUGUUAUCAUAUCUGAUAACUUCGUGCCUCCUUUCUUCGAUGUCCUGAAUUGGGAGUCGUUUGCGGUGUUUGUGCUGGAGAAAGAUAUUCCUGACUUGAAGAACAUAUUAGUGUCCAUAACUGAGGAAAGGUAUAGAGAGAUGCAGAUGAGAGUCAAGAUGCGUCUGUCUGCUCCAGUUGCUAAGAAGAUAUUAUCAGAUGUGUGUGACUUUCAUCCGAUCCAGAGGCGUCUCAUUGAUUUGACGACUGAACCAUGUUCUUGCAUCCUCGUCAUCUCCAAAGAAUCACGUCUUGCUGACGUGAUUCGUCUGAUGAUCAAGCAUGGUUACCCAAUUGGGUUAGCAACUGGAGCCGCCUCUAAAGAGUCGCUGAGAAGGGCUGCUACAUAG